GUCACUCCUGCAGCCAGUUCGAGCCAUCAAUGAUUCAUCCACACCUGCAGCUCUGAGCCACACAACAAGCCUGGAGCCACACAACAAGCCGGGCGUUUUCCAGUUUUGCCGCCAACCUGAAGACAUAUGGUGGCAUAAGGACAGAAACCAUUCUGUUUAUUACUAUGUUUUGGACCUUCCAUGUAUAUGGGAUUUUGAACUCAUCUUUAUCAUUCAUACAAGGGAACCAGUGAUAAAAUCCUUGGAAUUACAAUGAGUCAUAUCAGAAGCAUUUCUUUAUUUCGUAGCAUUUCUAUAUUUUGUAGUAUUUCUCUAUUUUGUAGUAUGUCAGUGCAUGGCUGGGCUUCAAAGCUGCCAGAAGAAAGGGAAUCAACUACCAACUGCUCCAACAUGUCUCUAAGAAGGGUUCCUGCAGACCUGACCCCAACCACAACCACACUGGAUUUAUCCUACAACCUCCUUUUUCAACUUCAGAGUUCAGAUUUUCAUUCUGUCUCUAAACUGAAAGUUUUGAUUUUAUGCCAUAACAGAAUCCAAGAGCUGGAUAUCAAGACCUUCAAAUUUAACAAAGAGUUAAAAUAUUUGGAUUUGUCUAACAACAGACUGAAGACUCUAACUUGGUAUUCACUGGCAGGUCUCAGACAUUUAGAUCUUUCUUUCAAUGACUUUGACACCAUGCCUAUCUGUGAGGAGACAGGCAACAUGUCACACCUGGAAACCCUAGGUUUGAGUGGGGCAAAAAUACAAAAAUCAGAUUUCCAGAAAAUUGCUUAUUUGCAUCUAAAUACCAUCUUCUUAGGAUUGAGAACUAUUUCUCAUUAUGAAGAAGGUAGCCUGCCCAUCUUAAAUGCAACAAAACUUCACAUUGUUUUACCAACAAACACAAAUUUCUGGGUUCUUUUGCGUGAUGGAAUCAAGACUUCAAAAAUAUUAGAGAUGACAAAUAUAGAUGGCAAAAGCCAAUUUGCAAAUUAUGAAACUCAACAAAAUUUCACUUUAGAGAAUUCCAAGACAUCUAUGUUGUUACUUAAUAAAGUUGAUUUACUCUGGGAUGACCUUUUCCUCAUCUUCCAAUUUGUUUGGCAUACUUCAGUAGAAUGCUUCCAAAUUCAACAUGUGACUUUUGGAGGUAAAGUUUAUCUCGAUCAGAAUUCAUUUGAUUACUCAAAUACUGUAAUGAGAACUAUAAAAUUGGAGCAUGUACAUUUUAGAAUUUUUUAUAUCCCACAGGAGAUUGUCUACUUGCUUUUUACUAAAAUGGAUAUAGAAAACCUAACAAUAUCAGAUGCACAAAUGCCACACAUGCGUUUCCCUAUUUACCCUACAAGAUUCCAGUAUUUAAAUUUUGCUAAUAAUAUCUUAACAGAUGACUUGUUUAAAAAACCUAUCCAAUUGCCUCAUUUAAAAACGUUCAUUUUGAAGGACAAUAAGUUGGAGACACUUUCUUUAGUGAGUUCCUUUGCUAACAACACGUCCUUGAAGCACUUAGAUCUGAGCCAAAAUCUGUUACAGCAUGAAAAUGAUGAAAAUUGCUUUUGGCCAGAAACCUUGAUUGCCAUGAACCUAUCAUCCAAUAAAUUGGCUGAUUCUGUUUUCAGGUGCUUGCCCAGAAAUAUUCAAAUGCUUGAUCUAAAUAAUAACAAAAUCCAAAAUGUCCCUAAAGGCAUUAUUCAUCUGAAGUCUUUGCAAGAACUAAAUCUUGCACAUAAUUUUCUAACUGAUCUUCCUGAGUGCAGUCAUUUCAGAAGGCUUUCAAUUCUAAAUAUUGAAAUGAACUUAAUUCUCAGCCCAACUCUGGAUUUUUUUCAAAGCUGCCAGGAAAUUAGGACUCUAAAUGUAGGAAGAAAUCCAUUUCGGUGUACUUGUGAAUUAAGAGACUUCAUUCAGCUUGAAAAAAAUUCAGAGGGCAUGAUGAUUGGAUGGUCAGAGUCAUAUAUCUGUGAAUACCCUUUGAAUCUAAAGGGGACUCGGUUAAAGGAUGUUUACCUUCCUGAAUUAUCCUGCAACACAGCUCUGUUGAUUAUCACUAUUGUGAUUAUCAUGCUAGUUCUGGCCAUGGCUGUGGCCUUCUGCUGCCUGCACUUUGAUCUGCCCUGGUAUCUCAGAAUGCUAGUUCAAUGGACGCAGACAUGGCACCGGGUUAGGAAGAUAACCCAAGAACAACUCAAGAGAAAUGUCCAAUUUCAUGUGUUUAUUUCAUACAGUGAACAUGAUUCUGCCUGGGUGAAGCACGAAUUGAUCCCUAAUCUAGAGAAAGAAGAUGGUUCCGUCUUAAUUUGCCUUCAUGAGGGAAACUUUGACCUUGGCGAGACUGUUACUGAAAAUAUCCUAAACUGCAUUGAAAAAAGCUACAAGUCCAUCUUCGUAUUGUCUCCCAACUUUGUCCAGAGUGAGUGGUGCCAUUAUGAACUCUACUUUACCCAUCACAAUCUCUUUCAUGAAACUUCUGAUUACAUAAUUCUUAUCUUACUCGAACCCAUUCCCCUCUACUGCAUUCCUACUAGGUAUCCAAAGCUAAAAGCUCUCAUGGAAAAGAAAGCAUACCUGGAAUGGCCCAAGGACAGGCGUAAAUGUGGACUUUUUUGGGCACAUCUCCGAGCUACUCUUAAUGUUAAUUUAUCAGAUACCAGAGAGACGUGCGAACUACAGACAUUCGCAGAGGUGAAUGAAGAGUCUCAAGUUUCUACAAUCUCUCUGAUAAAAACAGACUGCCUAUAAAAUCCCACCCUCUCCUAGGAAAAUUGGUGCCUGCUUAUACCGUUGGGAUAUAAGUUGAUGCAAUCUGGCAAUAUUGCAAUGAUGGCAAUUUGGCAAUAUCUAUUAAAAUUAAAAAUGAUUAUUUCUUCAUAUUGGUUCAUUGAAGGAUUUCUAAGAAUGUAUUCUACAGAAAACACAAGUUUGCAAGGGUUUAUGUAAUAAGGUGUUGGUCCCAGCAUGGCUCAUAAUCAUGAAAAACUUAAUGCAGCUCAAAUGUCCACAAAAUAAGGACUGGUUCAAUAAAUUACAUUAAUGCAAUAGAAUAUUACGUGGCCAUUAAAAAGAAUGAGAUAGCUCUAUAUUUACUGGUUUGGAGAAAAUUAUAUUAAUAUAUUGGUUUAUUUAUUGAAAUAAAAGUUUAAAGGAAUCUAUAUCAGUACAUUGGUGUAGUAACAGUGGUUUGGGUCUGGGAAGUUGGAUGGGAUGUUGGACUACAGAGAACAUUUGGUUUCUAUGUUGUAUAUUUCUAUAAUGUUGGAGUUGCCUAGGAUGAAUCUGUAUUUCUUUAGUAAGUAUUAAACAAAACAAUAAAGAUUAUUUUUAAAGCCUA